UCUGUGGAUGCAGAGUACGCACAUUGUUUUGGUGACUGUAAGCUUUAUAUGCGAAGCAGUAUGAUUUUGUGAACUAAAACACUGUUCACUUGGGAUAUCAUUGUCUAAUAACUAAUAAUAGUUCAACAUUUUCAGUAAUUAUUUAAUUAAUAAUUUGCAAAAAAUAGUUGUUGGGGCUUGUGCUAAAUGAAUACGCAUGGCCCGAGUUGGACCUUUUCUUGUAAGGCCUGAAUGAAGCAUGGAGCCAUGGUGAUCCCUAACGGAUCUGAACAGGAAUGGCCCUUCUCAACCCAGCGAGUAGCGACCAACUCGUUCAAAAAGUCCCCUCCUCAAUUCCCGCACUUUUCCCAUCAACUGAAAAACUGAAAACCUGCUAAAAUAAGCUCCCUUUGGCCACAAAAACUUCAAACAAGCAAAUAACAAAUGGCGAAUCUCGUAGAAACCUAUGCCUGCACCCCUUCCACGGAACGAGGCCGUGGAAUUCUAAUCUCCGGCGAUGCCAAAUCCAACUCAAUCCUUUAUUGCAAUGGAAGGUCCGUCUUCAUCCGAUACCUUGACCAGCCUCUCGAUGUUGCCGUUUAUGGCGACCACGGCUACCCUGUCACUGUCGCUCGUUACUCCCCCAACGGCGAGUGGAUCGCCUCAGCUGACGUCUCUGGCACCGUACGAAUCUGGGGGACCCAUAACGACUUCGUUUUGAAAAAUGAGUUCAAGGUCCUUUCGGGUCGGAUCGAUGAUCUCCAGUGGUCUCCCGACGGGUUGAGAAUCGUUGCCUCUGGCGAAGGCAAAGGAAAGUCCUUUGUCCGCGCUUUUAUGUGGGACUCGGGGAGUACUGUGGGGGAUUUUGAUGGGCACUCGAGGAGGGUGCUGAGCUGUCAUUUCAAACCGACAAGGCCGUUUCGGAUUGCAACCUGUGGAGAGGAUUUCUUGGUGAAUUUUUAUGAAGGUCCACCCUUUAAGUUCAAGCUAUCUCACAGGGAGCAUUCAAAUUUUGUCAACUGCAUUAGAUUUUCCCCAGAUGGCAGCAAACUAAUUAGUGUAAGCUCAGAUAAGAAGGGUAUAAUUUAUGAUGCGAAGACUGGUGAAACUAUUGGAGAGUUGUCCUGUGAAGAUGGUCAUACAGGCAGCAUUUAUGCUGUUAGCUGGAGCGCUGAUGGUAAACAUGUACUAACUGUUUCUGCUGACAAGACUGCAAAGAUAUGGGAGAUAUUUGAAGAUGGUUCUGGAAAAGUGAAGAAAACAUUGGAAUGUCCUGGAUCUGGUGGAGUGGAGCACAUGCUUGUUGGAUGUCUGUGGCAGAAUGAUCAUCUUGUUACAGUUUCCCUUGGUGGCACAAUUAACUUAUUCUCUGCAAGUGAUCCUGAUAAACCCCCAUUAUUGUUGUCUGGACAUAUGAAGAACAUAACUACCUUAACUGUACUCAAAAGCAACCCAAAGAUGAUUCUGUCCAGCAGCUUUGAUGGAUCCAUCCUUAAAUGGAUUCAAGGGGUUGGAUACAGUGGCAAAUUAAAGAGGAAAGAUAGUUCUCAAAUUAAAUGUUUGGCUGCUGUUAAAGAAGAGAUAAUUACAUCUGGAUAUGACAACAAGGUAUGGAGAGUUCCUCUGCACGAGGAAGAAUGUGGGGUUGCAGAACAUAUAGAUGUUGGCAGUCAGCCGAAAGACUUGUGCUAUGCCAUCAAUUCCCCUGAUCUAGCUUUAGUUUCAACUGAUUCAGGAGUUGUAUUGCUUAAGGGUCUGCAAGUACUAUCAAACAUCAACCUUGGAUUUACCGUGACAGCUUCUGUUAUUUCACCUGAUGGAAGUGAGGUUAUUGUGGGGGGGCAGGAUGGUAAAUUGCAUAUAUAUUCUGUUUCAGGUGAUUCUCUUACAGAAAAAGCAACCCUUGAGAAGCAUAGAGGUGCAAUUAGCGUGAUACGGUAUUCUCCAGAUGUUUCCAUGUUUGCUUCAGCCGAUCUCAAUCGUGAAGCAGUUGUUUGGGAUCGUGUCUCCAAAGAGGUGAAGCUUAAUAACAUGUUGUACCACACAGCUCGUAUCAAUUGCCUUGCUUGGUCUCCUGAUAGCACUAUGGUGGCUACAGGAUCACUAGACACUUGUGUGAUCAUAUAUGAAGUUGGGAAGCCUCCUUCGAGCCACAUAACUAUAAAGAAUGCUCAUCCUGGUGGAGUUUAUGGUUUGGUUUUUACUGAUGACAGCAGUGUGGUCAGUUCAGGAGAGGACGCCUGCAUUCGUGUUUGGAGGGUAGAGCGGCAAUAACAUAAGUACUGGAUCAGACAUGUAUGAUGCAGGACACAAUUUCCAUUUUCAGAAUUUGUGCCAAAGAAUAAAAAUGAGAGCCAAGAAUGCAGGUAAGCAGCUUCAUGGAGGGUUUUGUGAAAAAUGUGUGCAAUAUAUUUCUGCUCACACGGUUUCAUCAUGUAGCAUACCCUUCAGAGAGAAAUAGCAAUUGCAAUGUGUAAUACAAUAAUUCUUUCUUCUUUCAUUACUUUUUCAUAAAGAAAUGCCUAUGGCAACUGUCUUUCAUCCUUUGAUCGCCAAUUUAAUUGGGGGAAGAAACUGUGUUUAUUUCUUUGGUGUGAUUGUGAAAUCUGGUGAUGUCUUUAUUUA